AUGGCCCUGGUCACUGUCGCCGCGGCCACACUGCCGAGUGUGCCCCUCGAUUUCCUCGGGAACCGUGAUCGCAUCUUGGAGUCCAUCCGCCUAGCCAAGAAGCAUGGAGCCACCCUGAGAACCGGCCCGGAGCUGGAAAUCCCCGGGUACUCGUGCCUCGAUCACCACUUGGAAGGCGACACCUUCCUCCACUCGUGGGAGGUCUUGGCCGAGAUCAUCUCCGACGAGGCCUGCAAGGACAUGCUCAUCGACCUCGGCAUGGGCGUGCGCCACCGCAACGUGCGCUACAACGCCCGCGUGCUGUGCACCUACCGCAAGAUCUUUUGCAUUCGCCCCAAGAUGGCCCUGGCCAACGACGGUCUCUACCGCGAGGCCAGGCACUUUACCGCCUGGACCAAGCAGCGCCAGAUCGAGACCUACUACCUCGAAGGCGUUGUGCAAAAGGUCACCGGCCAGCGCUCCGUCCCCAUCGGCGACAUGAUCUUGUCGACGCCUGAUACGGCCGUGGCUUGCGAGUCGUGCGAGGAGAUGUUUGUGCCGUUGAACCCGUCAAUUUUUACCGGCCUCAAUGGUGCUGAAAUCAUUCUCAACUCGAGUGCUUCCCAUGCCGAGCUCCGAAAGCUACGAACGAGGCUAGAGCUCAUUGCCAACUCCACGAGGAAGCUUGGCGGCAUCUACGUGUAUGCCAACGCAACCGGCGUGGACGGCGAAGCCCGCAUGAUGCACGACGGCAGCAGCAUGGUCAUCCAAAACGGCGAGGUCCUGGCCCAGGGCAGCCAAUUCUCCCUCGCGCCCGUGGAAAUCACCGUCGCCACGGUCGACAUUGAAAAGUGCGACAUCGUGCUGUCCCACCCGUCCGAGGAGAUUUGGCUGCGCGACUCGCCCGAGAUCUCCCAGCCGCGCGAGCUGCGCAUCAUGGAUCCCAUGGAGGAGAUCCACCUCUCCACCACCGUGUACUUGUGGCACUCGACCGUCGCGCUCUUCGUGUACGGCAUGGCGCGUAUCGUGCUCGACUCCAUCGCUGCCGGGGAAACCACGACGCUCGCGGACCUGCGGAGGGUCACGGGCGAUAAGAGCUUCUCGCCCAAGACGCCCGAGGAGAUUGUCAACCGUCUGCUGCACACGUGCUACAUGGGUACCGUCAACUCGUCGGGCGAGACCGAGGGCCGCGCUAAGAAGUUGGCGGAGAAGCUGGGCGCGUUCCACUCCAAUAUCACCAUUGACGAGACCGUGGCUGCCAACGAGAUCAUGAUCCAAAAGGCGCUCAACUUUAAGCCCAAGCGCGCAGCCGCAUGGGCCGGGACCCCGCUGCUCGUUUUGGGCUCGGGUAACGUCGAUGAGAACCUCCGCGGCUACUUUACCAAGUACGACGCCAGCUCUGCCGACAUCGCGCCCCUUGGCAGCAUCUCCAAGAACGACGCCAAAGCCUUCCAGCGCUGGGCUAGGCACCAUUGGGACCUGCCCAUCCUGACCGAGUUCAUCGAGGCAACCCCGACGGCCGAACUUCUGCCCCUCUCGGCCGGCGUCCAGGACGACGAGUCUGAGAGUGAGAUGGGCAUGUCGUACGACGAGCUCUCCGUCUUUGGUAUCCUCCGCAAGGUCGACAAGCUCGGCCCCUGGUCCGCCUACCUCCGCCUCCUCAGCGACUGGCGCGACCGCCCGGGCUACGGCCCCCGCCAGAUCGCGGAAAAGGUCUUCCGCUUCUACCGCUACUACGCCAUCAACCGCCACAAGGCCACCAUCAACACCCCGAGCAUCCACCUCUGCCCCUACAACCCGGACGACAACAGGCACGACCUCCGGCCCUUCUUGUACGUGGUCGACUGGCCCUGGCAGUUUAGGAAGAUUCGGGCCCAUGUGGAGAAAUUGGAGCAGGGCCUCGCUACUAGGAAGUAA